AUGGCCGCCAUUAACUUCGCUCCCGUAUCAAUGCGGCUGCCGGAACUCUCCUCUAGAAAUGGUAACACAUUCCGGAGUUCACUUAUUCUAAAGAAAAGACCCGUGGUUUCAGUCCCUAUUGCUGCAAGCUCAUCGGAAUCUUCAACUUCUGUGCCGGAAAAGCCUGAAAUUGAGCUAGAAUUUAUCGGGCCGAAGCCAGACGGCGACGGGUCAUAUCCGGUGAACCGAGCUAAAGCAAUAAGCGGAGAGAAGCUACUGAGGAACAUCAUGUUGGAUAACAGAAUUGAGCUUUACGCCACGUAUGGGAAAGUAAUGAAUUGCGGAGGCGGUGGAAGCUGUGGAACUUGCAUUGUGGAGAUUCUGGAUGGAAAAGAUCUUUUGAAUGAAAGAACAAAUACUGAACUUCGUUAUUUGAAGAAGAAACCUGAAUCCUGGAGGCUUGCUUGUCAAACCAUUGUUGGAAAUAAAGAGAAUGCUGGCAAGGUAGAUGGCUAUUCAUUGGUUGUGGUUCAGACGUUACCCCAGUGGAAGAAAUGAUUAGGAAUUUUAAUUUAAGAUGUAGGCAUCAGGUCAACAACAUCAAAUGAAGCCAACAACAUUUCAAUUGCCAUAUAUUCAUGGUAACCUUUUCACAAGAAUCCUUAUCUUGGCAUGCAAAUCCUAUUAUCUGUAUGUGUCAUACACUACCUAUGGUAAAUUCAUUGCUUUUGCACAAAAUGAAAUUGGUUUUCUCAGCAUUUUAACCUUUUA